CACUGCUGCUGCUGCACGCCGGAGGACAAACCCACGCUUUCAUUCUCCACCUCCCUCCGUCUCUCCCUCCGUUUCCUGCACUCGUUCUCUCGCUGCAGUGCUCUUCGCUCCACCUUUUCAUUGUGCUGGUUCUUCAGACAGGAGCUGUGUGUGUGUGUGUGUGUGUGUGUGUGUGAGAGAGACUCUUGAAUGAGGGGAAGGUGUGACAUACGCUGACAGAUGGGUGGAUGGAGGGGAAACGUGCUGCGUGAUGCUGCCGCCGUCGUGUGUCUGCUGAGCCAGCGAUUGUGCUUCCACACUGGUGAGACAAAAAGAGAGAGAGGGACUUUGCUCUUCAUCUCCUCCUUCGCUCAGUCCUGCUGAGACCACAGCUGAAUCCUUUGAGACUUUCCUCCUCGAAGCUCCUUCAUUCAUCUGGAAACUUGUUUGACUUCUUGAAACUGAGUUUCCGCUGAGCUUUACGCUGCUGCAGUCAAGUUGAUCCUGUUGGAGCUCAAGUUGGUUCUCCUGGACACAACUUAAUACUGUUGAAACUCGAGCUCUGGUUUGUUCACUUGAAGACUUGGAGCUACUCUGAAUUUCUCUGCCGAGUUUCUCCUCGAUGAUUCGGUGGACUCGUCUCUCCUGAAUCUUUCCUCAUGGAGCUCCAGAGCGCCGCCAGUGGCCUGCCUGGCCCCCUUUCCCCUGGACCUCUCUCCCCAACCAUGGAUUAUGCUGGCCCCUUGUCUCCGUCGUCCGGUGGCCCCGGCCCAUCUCAGUCCAGCCCUGGGCGAGGCCCGAGCCCCAGCCUCAGCCCCAUCAGGGGGCCCAGUCCCGGCCCCGGAUUCUCGGGCCAGGCUGCCUUCAACUACAACCAGCUGGAGGGCAGGUUUAAACAGCUUCAAGAUGAGCGUGAGGCGGUGCAGAAGAAGACCUUCACCAAGUGGGUGAACUCACACUUGUCCAGAGUGUCCUGCCGGAUCACCGACCUCUACAUGGACCUGAGGGACGGACGCAUGCUCAUCAAACUGCUGGAGGUCCUGUCAGGAGAGAGACUGCCCAAACCCACCAAGGGUCGGAUGCGGAUCCACUGUCUGGAGAACGUGGACAAGGCUCUGCAGUUCCUGAAGGAGCAGAGGGUCCACCUGGAGAACAUGGGCUCCCACGACAUCGUGGACGGGAACCACCGCCUCACCCUGGGGCUCAUCUGGACCAUCAUCCUCCGCUUCCAGAUCCAGGACAUCAGUGUGGAGACGGAGGACAACAAGGAGAAGAAGUCGGCUAAAGAUGCUCUGCUGCUCUGGUGUCAGAUGAAGACUGCAGGAUAUCCAAACGUCAACAUCCACAACUUCACCACCAGCUGGAGAGACGGGAUGGCCUUCAACGCUCUCAUCCACAAACACAGACCCGACCUGAUCGACUUUGACAAGCUGAAGAAAUCAAACGCUCACUACAACCUGCAGAAUGCCUUCAACCUGGCCGAGCAGCACCUGGGCCUCACCAAGCUGCUGGAUCCCGAGGACAUCAGCGUGGACCACCCUGACGAGAAGUCCAUCAUCACCUACGUGGUGACCUACUACCACUACUUCUCCAAGAUGAAGGCGCUGAAGGUGGAGGGGAAGCGAAUCGGCAAGGUUCUGGACAAUGCCAUUGAGACGGAGAAGAUGAUUGAGAAGUACGAGUCUCUGGCCUCAGACCUGCUCGAGUGGAUCGAACAGACCAUCAUCAUCCUCAACAACAGGAAGUUUGCCAACUCCCUGGUGGGAGUCCAGCAGCAGCUGCAGGCCUUCAACACAUACCGCACUGUGGAGAAACCGCCAAAGUUCACAGAGAAGGGAAACCUGGAGGUUCUCCUGUUCACCAUUCAGAGUAAAAUGAGAGCCAACAACCAGAAGGUUUACACGCCCAGAGAGGGAAAACUCAUCUCCGACAUCAACAAGGCAUGGGAGCGUCUGGAGAAGGCGGAGCAUGAGCGGGAGCUAGCACUGAGGACGGAGCUGAUUCGUCAGGAGAAACUGGAGCAGCUCGCACGGCGUUUCGACCGCAAAGCCGCUAUGAGGGAGACGUGGCUGAGUGAGAACCAGAGGCUGGUCUCCCAGGAUAACUUUGGAUUUGACCUCCAGGCUGUCGAAGCUGCUACUAAGAAACAUGAAGCCAUAGAAACGGACAUCGCGGCCUACGAGGAGCGAGUUCAGGCCGUGGUCGCCGUGGCAAAGGAGCUGGAGGCGGAGAGUUACCAUGACAUCAAACGCAUCACAGCCAGGAAGGACAACGUGAUCCGGCUGUGGGAGUACCUGCUGGAGCUGCUGAAGGCCCGCAGGCACAGGCUGGAGAUGAACCUGGGCCUGCAGAGAGUCUUCCAGGAGAUGCUGUACAUCAUGGACUGGAUGGACGAGAUGAAGAUGCUGCUGCUCUCGCAGGAUUAUGGGAAACACUUGCUCGGUGUGGAGGACCUGCUACAGAAACACGCUCUGGUGGAGGCCGACAUCGCCAUCCAGGCCGACCGAGUCCGAAACGUCAACAGCAACGCUCAGAAGUUCGCCGUAGACACAGAAGGUUACAAACCCUGUGAUCCUCAGAUCAUCCGGGAUCGGGUCGCUCACAUGGACUUCUGCUACCAGGAGCUGAAUCAGCUGGCAGCCGAGCGGCGAGCUCGCCUCGAGGAGUCCCGCCGCCUCUGGAAGUUCUUCUGGGAAAUGGCUGAGGAGGAGGGCUGGAUCAGGGAGAAGGAGCAGAUCCUGUCCUCCGAGGAUCAUGGGAAAGAUCUGACGGGUGCGUUGCGAUUGCUGAGUCAGCACAAAGCCUUUGAGGACGAGAUGAGCGGGCGAGCCGCACACCUGCAGCAGACCAUCAAACAGGGCGAGGAGCUGGUGGCCGACAACCACUUUGGAGCCGAGAAGAUUAAAGAACGAAUCCAGGACAUCCAGGACCAGUGGGCGGCUCUGGAGCGACUUUCUGCCGUCCGUAAAGCUCGUCUGCAGGAGGCCUGCAACCAGCACCAGUUCCAGGCCGAUGCAGACGACAUCGACACGUGGAUGCUGGACGUGCUGCGGAUCGUCUCCAGCGUGGACGUCGGCCACGACGAGUUCUCCACGCAGGCGCUGGUGAAGAAGCACAAGGACGUGGCCGAGGAGAUCGGCAGCUACCGGCCCGUCAUCGACGCCCUGCACGAACAGUCGCGCACGCUGCCGCCCGAGAAGGCCGACUCUGAGGAGGUUCAGAGCAGGCUGGCGGGCAUCGAGGAGCGUUACAAGGAGGUGGUGGAGCUGACGCGGCUCAGGAAGCAGGCGCUGCAGGACGCUCUGGCUCUCUACAAGAUGUUCAGCGAAGCGAACGCCUGCGAGGUGUGGAUCGACGAGAAGGAGCAGUGGCUCAACAGCAUGGAGAUCCCUGAGAAACUGGAGGACCUGGAGGUGAUCCAGCACCGGUUUGAGAAUCUGGAGCCGGAGAUGAACAACCAGGCGUCGCGGGUUGCUGUGGUGAACCAGAUCGCCCGGCAGCUGAUCCACAGCGGACAUCCCAGUGAGAAAGAGAUCAAAUCCCGGCAGGACAAACUGAACACCAGGUGGAGUCAGUUCAGAGAUCUGGUGGACCAGAAGAAAGACAGUCUGAACUCAGCUCUGGGCGUCCAGAACUACCACCUGGAAUGCAACGAGACCAAGUCCUGGAUCAAAGAGAAGACCAAGGUGAUCGAGUCGACACAGGAACUGGGGAACGACCUGGCUGGCGUCAUGGCUCUGCAGAGGAAGCUGACGGGGAUGGAGCGCGACCUGGCCGCCAUCGAAGACAAGCUGCGCGACCUGGGAAAAGAGGCGGACCGUUUGGGCUCAGAACACCCAGAGCAAUCUGACGCCAUCAAAGGACGCCUGGCUGAGAUCACCGGCGUGUGGGACGAGAUGAAGGACACCAUGAAGAACCGGGAGGAGUCCCUGGGCGAGGCCAGCAAGCUGCAGCAGUUCCUGCGUGAACUGGACGACUUCCAGUCGUGGCUGUCGCGGACACAGACGGCCAUCGCCUCUGAGGACAUGCCCAACACGAUGGCCGAGGCCGAGAAGCUGCUGGCCCAGCACGAGGGUAUCAAGAACGAGAUCCGCAACUACGAGGAGGACUACCAGAAGAUGCGGGACAUGGGCGAGAUGGUGACCCAGGGCCAGACUGACGCACAGUACAUGUUCCUGCGACAGCGGCUGCAAGCGCUCGACACCGGCUGGAACGAGCUGCACAAGAUGUGGGAGAACCGGCAGAACCUGCUGUCCCAGUCGCACGCUUACCAGCUGUUCCUCAGGGACACCAAGCAGGCCGAGGCCUUUCUCAACAACCAGGAGUACGUCCUGGCUCACACUGAGAUGCCCACCACUCUGGAGGGCGCCGAGGCCGCCAUCAAGAAGCAGGAGGACUUCAUGACCACCAUGGACGCCAACGAGGAGAAGAUCAGCUGCGUGGUCGACACCGGCCGGCGCCUGGUGACCGACGGCAACAUCAACGCCGAGCGCAUCCAGGAGAAAGUGGACUCCAUCGACCAGCGACGCAAGAAGAACCGAACAGCUGCCAGCGAGCUGCUGACGAGGCUGAAGGACAACAGAGACCUGCAGAAGUUCCUCCAGGACUGCCAGGAGCUGUCCCUGUGGAUCAACGAGAAGAUGCUGACGGCUCAGGACAUGUCGUACGACGAGGCCCGGAACCUCCACAGCAAGUGGCUCAAACACCAGGCCUUCAUGGCCGAACUGCAGUCCAACAAGGAGUGGCUGGACAAGAUCAACAAGGACGGGCAGACCCUGAUGGCAGAGAAACCCGAGACGGAGGCCAUGGUUAAAGAGAAGCUGGGCUCCCUGAAGAUGAUGUGGGAUGACCUGGAGUCGACCACCCAGACCAAGGCCAAGUGUCUGUUUGACGCCAACAAGGCCGAGCUGUUCACCCAGAGCUGCGCCGACCUCGACAAGUGGCUGGGGGGCCUGGAGGGACAACUGCAGUCCGACGACUACGGCAAAGACCUCACGUCCGUCAACAUCCUGCUCAAGAAACAGCAGAUCCUGGAGAGCCAGGUGGACGUGCGGCAGAAGGAGGUGGAGGAGCUGCAGGCCCAGUCGCAGGCCCUCAGUCAGGAGGGGAAAGGCUCCGAGGAGGUGGACGGCCAGAGGAUCAGCGUGGAGACCAAGUUCCAGUUGCUCCAGGCACCGCUGCAGAAGAGACGAGAAAACCUCAUGGCCUCCCGCGAGAUCCACCAGUUCAACAGGGACGUGGAGGACGAGAUUCUCUGGGUCGAGGAGAGGAUGCCUCUGGCCACAUCGACCGACCACGGACACAACCUGCAGACUGUACAGCUGCUCAUCAAGAAGAACCAGACCCUGCAGAAGGAGAUCCAGGGUCACCAGCCGCGCUACGACGACAUCUUCGAGCGCAGCCAGCACGUCCUGAGGGAGGACAGCCCGACGGCCGAGCUGAUUCGCCAGCGUCUCUCCGAGCUCCAGUCGCUGUGGGAGCGGAUCAAGAAGGAGACCGAAAAGCGUCAUGGCCGCCUCAGUGAGGCCCACGAGGCCCAGCAGUACUACUUCGACGCCGCCGAGGCCGAAGCCUGGAUGAGCGAGCAGGAGCUGUACAUGAUGUCAGAGGAGAAGGCCAAGGACGAGCAGAGUGCGGUGGCCAUGCUGAAGAAGCAUCAGAUCCUGGAGCAGGCGGUGGAGGACUACGCUGACACCGUCCACCAGCUGUCCAGCACCAGCCGGGGCCUGGUGGCCGCCGGACACCCCGACAGCGAGCGUAUCGGCAUGCGUCAGUCUCAGGUGGACAAGCUGUACGCUGGGCUGAAGGAUCUGUCAGAAGAGCGUCGGGGGAAGCUGGACGAGCGUUUCCGUCUCUUCCAGCUGAACCGGGAGGUGGACGACCUGGAGCAGUGGAUCGCUGAGAGGGAGGUGGUGGCGGGAUCCCACGAGCUGGGACAGGACUACGAACACGUCACCAUGCUGCAGGAGCGCUUCAGAGAAUUCGCUCGGGACACCGGGAACAUCGGCCAGGAGCGCGUGGACGCCGUCAACCGGCAGGCGGACGAGCUCAUCAAUACCGGCCACGGAGACGCCGCCACCAUCGCAGAGUGGAAGGACGGCCUGAACGAGGCCUGGGCCGACCUGCUGGAGCUCAUCGACACCCGGACGCAGAUCCUCGCCGCCUCCUAUGAGCUCCACAAGUUCUACCACGACGCCAAGGAGAUCCUCAACCGCAUCCUGGACAAACACAAGAAGCUUCCCGAGGAGCUGGGCCGGGACCAGAACACAGUGGAGACCCUGCAGAGGAUGCACACCACCUUCGAACACGACAUUCAGGCACUGGGAACGCAGGUGCGGCAGCUUCAGGAGGACGCCGUUCGCCUGCAGUCUGCUUACGCUGGAGAUAAAGCUGACGACAUCCAGAAGAGAGAAGGAGAGGUCCUCGAGGCCUGGAAGAACCUGCUGGAGGCGGCGGAGGGCCGUCGGGUGAAGCUGGUCGACACCGGAGACAAGUUCCGCUUCUUCAGCAUGGUGCGCGACCUGAUGCUGUGGAUGGAGGACGUCAUCCGCCUGAUCGAGGCCCAGGAGAACCCGAGGGACGUGUCGUCGGUGGAGCUGAUGAUGAACAACCACCAGGGCAUCAAGGCGGAGAUCGACGCUCGCAACGACAGCUUCACAGCCUGCAUCGAGCUGGGCAAAGCCCUGCUGGCCAGGAAGCACUACGCUUCAGAGGAGAUUAAAGAAAAGUUGUUACAGUUGACGGACAAGAGGAAAGACAUGAUUGAUAAGUGGGAGGACAGAUGGGAGUGGCUUAGACUGGUCCUGGAGGUGCACCAGUUCUCCAGGGACGCAGGUGUGGCCGAGGCCUGGCUGCUGGGUCAGGAGCCCUACCUGUCCAGCAGGGAGAUCGGCCAGAACGUGGACGAGGUGGAGAAACUCAUCAAACGUCACGAGGCCUUCGAGAAGUCGGCCGCCACCUGGGAGGAACGCUUUGCCGCUCUGGAGAGGCUGACCACGAUGGAGUUACUGGAAGUGAGAAGAGCGCAAGAGGAAGAAGAGAAGAAGAGACAACCCCCACCCACUGAGGCUCAGCCGGGCGCCGCCGCUCAGCACAGGGAGGGCGAGCUGCUGUCCCAGAACGGGCUGCCGUCCGAUCAGGAGUCUCCCAGGGAUAAUGUUGAAGGGGGUGAGGUGCUGAACGGGGUGUCGGAGCCCAGCCCCGCGGGGUCUCCCGGGGCAUCUCGCAAGGGCAAGGCCAGCCAGGCGGCGACCCUGCCGGCCAAGACCCAACAGGAAGCUCCCACGUCCCAGCAGGACGGCUUCCUGCACCGCAAACACGAGUGGGAGGGGCACAACAAGAAGGCUUCGAGCAGGUCGUGGCACAACGUGUACUGUGUGAUCAAUCAGCAGGAAAUGGGCUUCUAUAAGGAUCAGAAGAGCGCCAGUCAGGGGAUUCCCUACCACAGCGAGAUUCCAGUCAGCCUGAAGGACGCCGUCUGCGAGGUGGCGCUGGACUACAAGAAGAAGAAACACGUCUUCAAGCUCAAGAUUACUGACGGGAACGAGUAUCUCUUCCAAGCCAAAGACGACGAGGAGAUGAACAUGUGGAUCUCGACCAUCUCGACCGCCAUAUCGGGCGACAAGCCUGAGGUCACCCCCAGCAGCCACAGCACGCCGGCCCCCGCCGCACGUGCUCAGACGCUGCCGGCCUCCGUCGCCUCCGCGGCAGCCGAGUCCAGCCCGGGCAAACGAGAGAAAGACAAGGAGAAACGCUUCAGUCUGUUCAGCAAGAAGAAGUAGACGCUCCUCCUUCCCUCCUCCUCCUUCCCUCCUCCUCCUUCCCUCCUUCCCCUCCUCCGCCUCCUCCUUCCCUCCUCCCCCUCCCCCUCCUCCCUCUGGUGCUGUUUGGGGUCGCUCCUCAUCAUCGAUCCAUCUUUGGUCAAAUAUUUGUUGAUGUCAAAAUUUUCAUCUUGUCGUAACUGAUGCUGUAAUAACUAAAAACUAACUGCUCAGAAUGUAAUUAAAUUAACUUCUGAAUGGAUUUAACGUAAACAAAAAAAGGUGAUUCGAUGAGUAAAAACAGACCUCAGCGUUCGAGGGUGUGGGCAGCUCCUGCAGCAUCCCAAACAGCCGCUCUUCCUCUCUUCCUCUUCCUCUUCCUCUCAAAGCGUGACUCCAGCAUGCAAGCUCCGAGCCAAAACUCUCCACUCUGUGCCUAUCAACCGUCCGGUCUGGCUCAGAGCUGCAGUACAGCUACAACACACCACCUGAAUCCUCCGCUCAGUUUUUGUAAGAUAAGGAGCCGGAAAGACCAAUUCAAGAGCAAAAGGAAAAAUAAAAUUCAGAUGAGGUCUGCGAAUGCUUCAGGCAGCUGCUGUCAUGAGUUUGCCGCUAAACAACAAGUGCACCCCGUAGAGGAGCUCCCAGAAUAUUCCACGUUAUUAUUCUUAGUGAUAUUAUUUGUGUUUUCUAUCUCCUGCUCUUUGGUUUGUCUCCUCCCAGCUUUUCGUCGACUACUGCCUUGUGUGGGUUGUGUUUACGCUCCCGACUCGUCUUUCUUGUUUCUAGGGAAGUUGUAGGUAGUUCCUGUUCGGGUCCAUCCUCAGUUUUUGCGAGGCCUCGUCUUUGCAAGAUGACGUGUAUCCCUCUGUCAGGGGAAAACCACAGCGGGGUAAACCUCUGAAGUCACGCCUCACAGUCCGAAACGCUGAACGAGAACGCGGUUCAGAGAGGAUAAACAAAGACCAACACGUUCUGUGCACUGAAUUAUUCCGCUUUUCUGUCGGUUCCAUUUGUGCAAUAAACCUGCGAAAAGCCAAUUAACGUCAUGUGGGGUUCGGGUGCCGUCCGACUCCCGCAGCAUCAGGAAGCGGCUGUGAUUCAGAGCGUUACCCUGCGGUGCUUUGAACUGUAUGUAUAACUUGUGUAUAACAAACUGUUAAAAAAUAAACCUGUGUUUAAUUUCACCUAUUAUUACUACUAUUACUACUAAUGAUGAUAAGACCUACCGACCGUAAUAAGCUUCAUUUGAGUUUGACUUUCUUUAGCUGAAAACCUAACGACGUGCACACGUAACGAAUCUGAACGAAGGAGCCGUCGAGUCGCCUCGAUGGGGAUUAAAUAACUAAGACCAGUAAGAAUGUUUAACUCAGACUUUAAGCAUCCAGUAAGUUUUAUUUUCUACUCUUUACAUUUUUUGAAACAUUUACUUCUGCCGUUAGUUUUGUUUUGUUUUUUAAUUUGUUUUUGUUUCGUCUGGUAUGUAUUUUUCAUCCCGCAGUUAAGCGAUGUCUAUGCUUUAUUUAGUCGGACACGUAUGGAGACGUAGAUGUAUUAUUAAAACAAAAAUACUUAAAGCGUUGCUGUUAAGUGAGCAAGUCGGUUCUAAACAAGCAUUUACUGGAAGUGAGUUCUGUCGCAGAAUAACGGUCGCUUGCUUGUUGGCUUCAGCACUCGAUCUUUUUGUUUUUAAGUGAAAUCUGUUGAGUUACUUAUGCGAUAUGGAAGUUCUUUAAUGACAAAUUUAACAGAAGAAGUUUGAGCCGUAACCUGCAAAGUGGAUUUGAACAGCUCUGACGGCAGACUUAAUGACUUUGAUUUGAUUGAUGACCUCAUUAUGUGCUGCAUGUUACUUUGAAAUGCUGUACUUUUGUCAUUAGACCCAGUAGAAGCGUUGAACGGCAGGCUUAAACCCAAAUUUAACCUUGAAUUUGUUUGCCCCGUCUAAUUUUCGAAUCAGGACAAAUUUUCAUCGUGUUGAUAAUUGCCUGACAAUCAGUGGCUGAGUGUUGGGUGAUUAGGUGGGUUUCAUGAUUAGACAAAAUAUGGAAGAAUGUUUCCACUUUAUACAAAAUCUGUCAGAAAAGGUGAGUUUCAAACCUGCGUGAUUGAAACUUGAACUUUGUUGAGAUUUUGUCAUUGAUGAACUUCCGUAUCUGCCAGGAAAAGCACGACAGGAUGAGCCCCAUAAUGUGAGAGGCGGGUGCGUUUGUUUUUCCACAGCUGGUGGUGGGGUUGUGUGGGUGCGGCUCAGGCUACACGCUGGUGAAACACCUCAAGUAACUGGAAAACUCUUCACUCUGAUUGGUCCUGAGGUGGUUCCUGUUCUUUUCCUUUUCUUUUUGCUACACUCUCUGGCAGUUUGAUAAAUAUAGUGUGAAUUCCUCUGUCACUGUAACCAUAGUAACAAGAUAUUUCUUCAUACUGCACAAUCGACAAUGCCACGAUGGGGGUGGGCGGGGCCCGGGUGGGGUCGGGGGGUUUGUUGUGAUGUGAGAUGUGGACCGGGGAUCACUGCUAGUUGGAUCUGCACCUGUAGACUUCCCCCCUCUCUGUUACAUAUGUGCAAAAAGCCAUUAAAAUGCUUUUAAAACGAA